AUGGCGUCCCCCGACUUCGUCAGGGCCAUGACCAACCGGUCGGUCCGCACUGUUCGACUAGAACUUGAGUUCCUUGCAGAUGCCUCGGUCAUCACGCCACAGCAACUCUCCUCCAUCCUUUCGCAACUGCCGUCGGAGGAUGCACGUCAACCAUCGGCGCCUCGACAGCGUCAAUCGCCACCGGCUGUCGCUCCAUCCCCAAUUCCGGCCCCGGCUCCCGUGCGAGCGCCGGUUCAGGCGCAGCCUCCCCCUGCUCCGUACUCCCCUCCCACGAACCAGUUCGCCAAUACCUCGUUGAACGAGAAGGCGACGUAUCAGCAGCCGCCGACGCCGCAGUACAACCCUACCCCUCCUCCGCCGGCUUAUCCCCAAGUCCCGCCAGUUCUAUCCAUUGCCUCUGCACUAUAUGCAUACACCCCGACGGACCCCGGCGAUUUGGCUUUGCAGCCGAACGACCGGGUUCAGGUUCUCGAGCACAUGAAUGCCGACUGGUGGCGCGGACGUAACGAGCGGACCAACCUCGAGGGUAUCUUCCCUCGCAGCUACGUGAAUGUGAUCCAGGAUAAGGGAGUGGCCGGGCCGCAGCCAUCUGGCUAUGGCAACAUGCCCCUCGAGGUCAGUCAGAGUGGCUCCGCGGCCGACCCCGAAGGCAAAAACAGCAAGGUGGAGGAACACGGCAAGAAGUUUGGCAAGAAAUUGGGUAAUGCCGCCAUCUUCGGUGCCGGUGCUACUGUUGGCUCCAACAUUUCCCGAGUCAUGUUGUGGUAUUUGAAUUUCAUCGUCUUUUUUCUACUUCCCUCCGUGCGAGCAAAUGAUUGGGAUGGUUUCACAGACAAUCUUGCCACUGACUUGGCACCCCUCAUCUCCCUAUUCGGAGAACGACUGACAAAACAAUUUCUGUCGGAAUCAAUUAGUAUCCUAGAUAAUUUUAUCUUUGCCAUGUCCCCGCUAGGUAUCCUGACGGCGGUCGUAUCUGUCAUUCGCGUCUGCGGAAACUCGUCGCUACGAGCAUUCGUUGGACGAGCACAGGAAGGCCCCGGAGAAGCCGAGAAUGAGCUUCUGUCUUGCGUGUCGGAGACCACGGCCGAGCUGUUCAAUGACGGGGGUAUAUCCCGAGUUAUUGGCCGGCCACGAAUCCUAGAGGUAGUGGUCUGGGACGAGGAAGGAACUGAGAGCAAAGAGGGCUCGCGGAAAAUCGGGACGUUGCGAGAUGCCCUGAAGCAAAAUGCCUGGUCUGUGGAGGACGGAGCGAAGUUCCAAGACGAAAAGGGCUAUCCACUGGAGCUUGAUGUGCCCAAUCUUUCUCUGAACAAGGGGAUCAAGAGAAGAAGUCAAGUCUGGUUCUACUGUGCUGCUGUGUUAGGGUUUGCGCUGCAGAUAGGUGUUCUUGCAUAUGCUGGUCUUACAGUAUUUCUAUACCCUGAUGAUUUCGAGAAAGACGAUGAGCCGGUUCCGAGUUAUGCAUUUCCGCUCUUUCUCUUUGGGACGAUAUUUCUCUGCACAGGAAUGUUCGUUUGCGCCUUCAUGAUCGAGCGCGCAUCGACCGAAUUUUAUCUUCGUCCGACCAAGCCAAGUAAAAUUUACUGGCUGCAGCCCGGAAAACAGGAUUUUGGGAACCAACCUUUUGGUGCCUUUCUCGGAGUGGCUGAGGGUCCUGAAUCGCAGACGACCCAGAAGCUGACAUACAUCAAAUCUAUCCGUGACCGAGGACACAACAGCAAGGGUCCUCUGCUGAUGAUUGCCAUAGCAAUCACAAUGAUCGGAUUCGUGGUCCAAUUUGUCGGUCUUCGAGGCCUGCAUGCUUCGGUCAUCCUAGCACAAAUGGGCUCCACGCUUCUGAUGGCUAUUGUCCGAACGUGUCUACGAACGAAACGGAUUGGUCCAGAUGAGAACCGACUAGAUCAAACAGAGCGUCAACUGAGUUCCAAUAAACACCAGGAGCUGGACAGCUUUGCAUUCCACCUUGAAGACGUUGAAUCGUUCAGUCUUAUCUCUACGGCUGCCAGCGGCCCCCUUCCUUCCCAAUCGAGCUCCUCGUCAUCCGCUUCCUCAAUUGGAAGCUCCACCCAGCAGGUUGGAACGGCGACACGACUUGUGCAGACAAGAGCUCGACUAGCAGAGCUAACAUCUAAUACCGAUGAACACCCUGACAGAGCCUGGGAGGACCUUCCUAUUCGACUGGCAGCAGAAAAUCUGGGACAAACAAUUGAAUCGACCAUGGAUGUGAUAUCAAAGUGGAAAAAAUCAUCUACCGACACCUUUAGCUUUGAUUUAUCGCUCGUGUGUCAGUCCCGCAAAAAGUUCGUUGCCCCCAAGGUCGAAACCUACCCGAUUACGCUGGAAAGAUCGGACGACACCUUCCAAUGGCGCGUUAAGGACCAUGAGCUCGAGGCCAUAAUCGGGCUGCGGGCAUGGUCUCUAUUGAAGGCCAAUCCCAAUUGGAACCAGAGGGGACUUGACCGUCUGGUGGGGCUGAGUGAGUCCGAGGCCAGAGCAGAGGAGACGGAUCUAUACUUCCAGAAGUGGAUACACCGCCAUACGCAAGCAAGAAUGGUUUCAUCCAAAGCGAUAUCUUUUCCUGAACAGAUGUUCGGCUUCUCAUCGGAUGAAUAUCCGGAUGAUAAGGAUAUUCUUGUUGUCAAAACCGACAAUGAAUUAGAGACCAUGAUCGCCCAGGAUAUUUACAUGCAAUUCCUGAGCAGCGCAUUUGAAGAUUUGCAAGAGCUCGGGGGCGAUGUUAACAUGCUUCCUGGGUCGCAGAGCGGGUAUCUUGCAUACAGCAGCCGCCUUGAUGAGCUUGUCUCUUGCUUUGAGUCUGGUGGGAUGGGUUCGAGAGAAGACGCGUUGCUAUGCGUGGUACCUGUUCUGAAACAUCAAGGUCUUUUACCUCAGCUGGGUGGGUACUCGGGAAUCAUAAGAGAGCGCAUAGAUGAGCUUUUAGCGAACGAAAACUGGACCGAAGCCUUUGCAACUCUAAAAUGGUUUUGUGAGCGAUGUGAAGGGGCCGAAUUCGAGCAUUCUCUAUUCGAAAUAGGCGAUCUUUGCCGACGGGCAAUAAUUCAUACCGAAGCCAGCGUCCAGUCCGAGGGGUUCAAGCAUGCAUUCCUCAUUAUACAAGGCGACCCGAGAACGAAUCUCCCAAAAAAUGCAAAAGUCUCUCGCCGUGACGGUUGGAUGUCUAACAGACCUGAAGAUUGGAGCUCGUUUUCUUCGCAAUUAGGAUGGGUUGUAUGGCAUAUCGCCCAAAACCACUGCGACAAGCAACCUAUUCAGGGUGACCUGGAAUCACUUGGUAUAAAUGAGCAGUCUAUACCAUCAGGCAAAGUUAACAACAGCGUCGACCAAGGAGCACGAGGACAGCAAAUCGCCCUACUAUGGUUGACUGACAGCGACGAGAAACUAUUCCAUCGGGAGCUUCCCAAAAUGUUCAAUCUAGAGCUUCCAGGGUCAGAUGAAAUGCUGGCAUUUGACUGGGCAUGCCAAAACAAUCACUAUGCUCUGAUGAACUGGCUCCUUGCAAGAUGGCUCCAAUUUGAGAAGCGGUACCCCGGCUUUAUCUGCCAUUUUCUUCUGUGGGCUGCUGAGAGGCGGUAUCGAGUAGCGAUCACUUCACUCCGUCACCAGGGAGUAAACCUUGAUAUGCAAGCCUACCAAGAUGGUACAACUGCUCUUAUCAACAGGGUGGCAGUUGCCGAUCACCCAGCAGUUUGCGAACUGCUCGAGACAGGGGCGGAUGUCAACGGAAAGGCUGCGAGGGGAGCCACACCAUUGAUGGCUGCCAGUCAAGUAGGCGAUAUUGAUCUCGUUCACCUCCUCUUACGCAAAGGGGCCACCGUUAAUGCCCAAGAUCACGAUGGAAUUACUCCCCUGCUAUGGUCCGCCAUCCAAAACCAUGUGGACAUUGCACAAACCCUCCUGGAGCACGGUGCUCAUGUCAAUUUGGGAACUUUGGGCGGAGAGACUCCUUUGAUAUCCGCUGCUGCAGACAACCACGCAGAGAUGGUGAAAUUCCUUCUCUCUCGAGGAGCUCAUGUGGAUGAGCAGACCGAAGAUGGCUGCACUGCUCUGAUGCUGGCCACACGCAAUCGUGGCACCGAGACCAUGCGAGUCCUGUUGGAUCAUGGAGCCAAUGUUCGUGGGCGUAAUUCGGACGGACCGACGGCCCUUGACUGGGCACGGGAUUUGCACUACCUGGAAGGGGUACAACUCCUCGAAGCAGCGAUGGCGCGCGAAUCGGGAGUAUAG